AUGUUAUCAAAAUUAAAUUUAUUAACAUUAGAUCGUUCAAUCAAUAAAAUCAAUAUAUUAUUUUCACAUUUUAUUCCAUUCAAUGAUAUGAUUCAUAUAAAAUCACGUAGACAAUAUAAUGGUAUUAUAGAAACCAAUUUAAUAAAAAAUUUACAUCAUUUAUAUAUUGGUCAUCAAAUUUAUAUUAAUUUAACUAAUAUAAUAGAUUAUUAUUAUUAUAAUUAUGAAUUAUCAAAGUUAAUAUUGAAUAGAUCUAUAACAAUGAAUGAUUUAAUACAAUUUAAUGAAAGAAUAUUUCUUGAUGUAUUCAAAUUAAUUAUCAAUGAAAAUACAAUUAACUAUACAAAUUAUUUACAUUCUAUUCAUAGAAUUAAUGAUAUAGAUUGGAAUGAUGAUAGAAAUUUUAUUAAAAAAGCUUAUAUGAAAUCAUUAAUACCAAAGAGAUAUAUACCUGGUCAAUCAUGGUAUAUUUUAUUAAUGCAUUCAUGGAGAUUAUAUUUUUUAUUCAUAAUUCAUAGUUCUAAUUUAUGGUUACGUUAUAAAUUAGAAAAUAUAAUAUAUCAAAGUGAUUUACCUAAAACAAUUGAUGAAUGGAGUGUUAUAUUUAUAUAUUUAUUAUGUUCAAUAUAUCAUUCUAAACAAUUGAAUAGAGAUUAUCAAUUACCAUAUGGUUUUUGCCCAAAUCCAUGUUUAAUUAAUCCAUGCCUUGAAGUGGUUAAUACAAUGUCAAGUAAAUGUAUAAGAACUGGAUAUUUUGAAAAUAGUUACAAAUGUGAAUGUCGUAAUGGUUAUCAAUGGAAACAAGUUAAAGGAUAUAAAGGGUAUUGCGAAGCGAUCGAUCUAUGUGACAAAUAUUGUAACAAAGUUGGAACCAGGAAAUGUGAUAUUGUGCAAGACAGAUAUUUCUGUGUUUGUCGCCCUACUCAUAUGGGUUUAAACUGCGACUACCAACGUGAUCCAUGUGUGGAACUAGCUUCUAAUGUUCAUAUGGGAGGAAAUAUGGCAUGUAACGUUGCAAAUGGUGGUAUAUGCAGAGGAACUUUAGGAACAAACACCUAUCAUUGCCAGUGUCCAGGAUCAUUUACCAGUGAUCCAUCUUAUCCUUUCCCAAAUUGUUUACAAAUUAAAGAUCGAUGUGCCAGUACAAUAUGCAUUCAUGGUGAUUGUGUUAGUUCAAAAGAUGGACAAGAAAGUUAUUGUGUUUGUCCUGAAGGAACAUAUGGAAAAUAUUGUGAAUUAACACGUGGACAAUGGGGUCAAUGGUCACCAUGGUCUGAAUGUUCACCAAAUUGUGGACUUUAUAAUCACCGAAGGCGUAUACGUACACGUGACUGUUUAGGUGAGGCAUGUAGCGGUGGUUUAGGUUAUUUACAUAUGGAAUUCUGCGAUACAAAACCUUGUUCAGAUGAAAAACUGAUGUUAAAUAGAAUAAAUUCGUCAGAAGAAAUCCAAAAAUUGAAAAUGUUACAAGUACAAGGAACACAUUAUGUAGAAAUAUCAGGUGAGAUUGCUAAAUACCUCUUAUUAAUAACUUGUAUCUUUUCUGUAACUACAGUGACAGCUAUGAUAAUAGUUGUAUACUGUUUAUAAAAUUUUAAUAAUGACACAGCUUACUUAAGA